AAACGCCGAGAGGUAAGGUGCUAUUGUUAUGAUCCUUUCUAUCGUGUGUUAUUCGGACGUAACUUUCUGGAGAGAAUAGGUGGGCGUGACUACUUGGAGUCUGAGAUUUAGGAAUUACAUAAUACGUUAUCAUAUGAGGAUAUAACCCACCCAUCAAGGAAUUCGAUCACUGCUCAAGACGGAUGACCUGAUAUAAGAUAUUUCACUGGUGUACCCUGAAGGACAAUCUGUAAUCCGCAUCACCCAGUUAAUGUACAAUGGGUAAACCCCUGUAUUGAUCCAUGUGCAGAAUAUUGCACCAGAUGGAAUAAUUACCUAAGCUUCUUUACCAGUAACCUUAACGCGAGCCUUCACGAGGAGACAGACACAGGUAUGAGAUCAUAACGCAUAUUCUAGUGAAAGGUACAAUAAUAUUAUAUAUCCGUAGAAAUUCCUGUUGUGGCUGGAGUAAGUUACUAAGAGGUUAAAAGUUUAGGUUGUUCCUAGAAACCACUGGAAGCCACACGAGUAGGAUACUACCGUAGAGUAGCCCAUUCUCGAUUCGUAAGAAAAGGAUACUCACGCUGCUGGAGUACUAUACAAAUAUUACAAUCAUAUUGCACCUUAAGUUCGUUCUAGAGUGGAAUACUUGUACUACAGAGUGCCAACUCAUACAAGGUCCACUUCAAAGUGCACAAACUUUGUAGGAUAUCACAGUUGCACGCCGAAGGACCUUACAACAGAAACGAUUUAACAGAUACAUUGGCAAACCAUCACUGUAUUUUGUUUUAAUGGACUGCCUGAAGAGGGAACCGUGCCUGUCAUGAAGUGGUUUUGAUAAACUUCACUUCAGCACUUUUGGAUUUUUUUUACAAAUUGACAGGUUUUUCAAAUACACACUGUAUGAUUUGAAGAACACUUCAAAUCGGCUGUUUCAGUGGCAAUAACUUCUCACGGAUGAGAAAAAUGUUAAUUUGUUGAACAAACGUGAUAUUAGCUUGAGUGUUGUCAUAAAUGCAAUCUUUGCUGUCAACAAGAUGAUACUCGGAGAGAAAUAAAUGCUUCGGAUGGAAUUAUUUUUUAAUGAUAACAACGAUAUGUUUACAGUGUUCAAAUCUAGUAAAAUAUAAACAGAUAAGGACCCGGAGUGCAUGAAUAUUAGAGUAUUUGAUAAUCAUAAUUGGAGAGUCUUGUAUAAACAACUGAAUAUAAAGUAAGGCAUUACAACUGGAUAUAGUUAGGUAUUGAUUAGUUUCGAUAGUUUGGAAUACUUUCGGGAAAAGUGUUAAAGAUCUGGAUUAUGUCAGCAAGGACUUGAAUAUUAUUACAUGUAGGAAGAAAUGGGCGAAUAAGGAUUAAAGGAUAUUUAUUCACUUGGAACUGCACAUCAACUUCUAUGUAUCUGGCAUAAAAAGAUACAGAGCAUUCGUAUCAUCAUAUGAAUUUGUGACGAUAUUCAUUUUGAGCACUAUAGUGAAGGAUCCGAGUCAUUUCCAACUUGAUAUCAAUUUUAGAUUAAGGAUAUUCGUCACUUGGAUCUUAACAUUAUAUUCAAUACGGAUUUAUGGAUGGUAUUCAGGAGCCCGAUAUCCAAUUGUACCUCUAGGAUACUAAAGGAUAGAAUAUCACAACUUGGAAUAACGAAUAAGAAGAAGUUCCUCCGAUUUUUGCCUCGAACACGUAUGAAUAUAUUCCCAAGGAGACUCAGCCAAGAAACAGGUUUUGCCUCAUAGAAUUCAUGAUCCAAAUCUGAGAGUACCGAGCUACCCUUCUACAUAAAGAUAUCACAUUCAUAAAUCUCUGAAUCAAUCAAUGUAAUGAAAUUGUCACCAUUAUAAAGGAAUAUCUGUGUUCUUAUUAACAACAUAAGUAUCACCAGAGGUUUCAAUUCAAUUUGCCUUCAGACGGCCUUCGUCACUAGAGACUUCAAAGGAACACCCAAGGUCAUUCAGAGAUGUACUACAAGAUUACAGUUGUAACGAAUCGACUCUAAUGUGAUUAAACAUAGAAAACCUUCAAUUAACGGAAUUGUAAUUUACUCUAAGGUUGUCAGUUGACAAUUCUUUCCAGUAAUGAACGUUCGGGGAUAGCUUCCACGUGACGAGAUGGCAAUGUAAUCGGAUACCGCUGAGGAUUUAUCUUGAAAGAUUUGAUUACGGGGAAGAAGACGAGGAUUAAUAGCAAAUACAGAGUCAAUUGGAAGACGAAAUGGGCCCAGCAUCGAUAACGCCAGCGUUAUAGCACAUCUACCAUGGAUUACGGAUUAUUCACCAACAGUUCCGAGGGCCAGAACUUCAGUGUUAUGGUCUCCGAGACACCGCUACCGGACUACGAACUUUACUACUUGAAAGAUCAAUUAACCAUGGUGCGUUCCAUAACAUCACGGAUAGUAGCCCCGACGAUUGCAUUCGUGGGAAUAAUGGGAAAUAUAAUCAAUAUAGUCGUGCUUACUAGACGCUGGAUGCGCUCGUCAACAAAUUGUUACUUGACGGUUUUAGCGAUUUACGAUACGUUGUACCUACUGAUUGCAACGUCUCUAUUUUUCUUCCGAGUCUAUCCCGAUAUUCGUUAUACGAUGGAGUACACGUAUUACUUCUGGAUAGCGCGCCCCCUUUCGAAUGUGUGCAGUAAUACGGGAACGUGGUUAACUGUGACGUUUACAGUGGAACGCUACAUCGGCGUCUGUCAUCCUAUGAAGGGUCGCGUCUUAUGUACUGUUGAACGCGCGCGUUAUAUAAUCGCCGCAGUGUGUGCGUUAGCCUUUCUUAGUACUCUUCCUGAUUUCUUCGAUACGGACGUUGUGAGACCCGACGUUAAUGCCACGAAAUAUGAAAUGACGCGUAACCACGGACACGAGAUACUUACACAGAUUGGGUACUACUGGAUUAACCCUACCGUAUUCACCUUCAUUCCACUCAUAUUACUAGCCGUCUUCAACUCUCUGUUAAUAUAUUCCGUUAUGGAAGCGUCUAAAUUACGGAAGUCAAUGGCCAACAUCGAAGUCACGGCGACGGACAACCGACGCGAACGCCAACAACGCGAACAACAACGGAUCACGAUUAUGCUAAUCAGUGUAGUUGUCGUUUUCUUUUUAUGUCAACUGCCCAGUGCUUGUUUACUAAUUGUGCAAAAGGUCUACGAUGAUGUGAGAAAAACAGAAAAAUUGCGCCAUACAAUCGCGGGAAAUGUCUUCAAUGUCUUCGUCAUGGUGAAUUCUGCGAUUAACUUUUUAUUAUAUUCCUUGUUCAGUACGAAAUUCAGGAAUACUUUCAAACGAAUUUUCUGCCGGUGUUGCCAAGAUAGACAAUCCCGGAACGAUGGCCUUUUUUCAGAGAUCGCCACAGCGCACCCAACGGCGAUGCGUAGCAACCGUCCAAGCCUAUGUGUACAGUUUAAUAAUGUGAAUAUAAGUCAAAGCCGUAGCCCCCUACCGGACAGAGCUGUAAACACGAGUAAAAAUGGAUAUUUACAAAUACAGAAUAAACAAGAGGACUCUGUGUAGUGUUAACUUUAGUGUGUUAACUGUUAACAUUGUUAACAUUGUGUUUUCACCUACACAAUGUGUUAACAGUUCAUAUUGAGUUAACACUAACACGUGUUACCGCAUUGUUUUGCUAAACAAUGAGUUAAUACUAGUAGUUAACUGUUAAUUGUGUGAACUAUAAGCAUUGUGUUAUAGUUACACAAUGUUUUAACAGUUCAGAUCAAGUUACUCUUACACGUGUUAAUGCAUCGUUUUGCUGAUUAACGAUGUGUUAAUAAUGCUAAUGGCAACAGUUAACAGUGUAUUAACUGUUAACUUUUCUUGAGAAAAGUGUUAACUUUGUUUUGAAAGUUGGCUCUAUGUUAACAGUUAACUUUUGUGUUAACAGUUAACAUUGUGUUAAAUGUUGUUGAAAUUUCACAUUGUGUUAUACUGUACUGAGUUCCUUUCAUGGUAGAUGUCCAAAUACAAGCAGGGCCCGGUUGUUAAAAAGCACAAAAUUCACGUUCCAUUAAUUUUUUUCUAACGAAUCCGUAAAAGCUAACAUGGUGUUGAACAGCCGAGUCCAGGAGGGCAAUAUGUACAGUUAAAGGAUAAGAUCAUUUAGAAACCUAAGUGGAGCCACCUACCAAAGUGAUAUUUAGGAAUUGCGUACAUUGUAUAAAAAAUAGCUGAAUAAAGACUAUAUUUUAAGAGGAAUCGGGGAAAUUUUUCGUAGAAGAUAUAUUCGAUAAAAUACAUACUUGUAGCUCUGACUUAACCAGCCCUAUUAACACAGUUAGAACGGCGGACAGCGAGACGAAGAGGAGACCGAGUAACCAGGUCCCGCAGUGAUAUUUGGACCGUACAUCUUUUUUACCUAAGCAAUAAUAGCAAAGGUACCAAAAACGAACUGAUCUGUGCUGCCAUCUUGGUAUUUGUAGUCGAGGUAGCAGCUAUACGAAGCUAUACCUUGUACUCAAAGUGAGGUCUUUUCGUCUCCUUCACUAUCACCUCAAUCAUAAUCAUCAUCAUUAUCAUCAUCAUCAACAUCAUCAUCAUCAUUAUCACCAUCGUCAUCGUCAUUAUCAUUAUCAUCGUCCUUUUCAACGUUACCAGCAUUUUCAACCUCGUCAUCAAUAUCGUCGUCACCAUCACCAUCAUUAGCAACAUCAUCGCCAUCAUCGACAACGUCUUCAACAUCAUUGACAUCAUCAUAAUCAUCUAUAACAACGUCGUCAUCAUCAUCAUCGAUAUCAUUGACGACGUCAUCAUCAUCAUCAUCAUCAUCAUCAUCAUCAUCAUCAUCAUCAUCAUCAUCAUCAUCAUCAUCAUCAUCAUCAUCAUCAUUAUCAUCAUCAUCAUCAUCAUCAUCAUCAUCAUCAUCUAUAUCAUCAUUGACGACGUCAUUAUCAUCAUUGUCAUCAGCAUCAUCAUCAUCAUUAACAAAGCCACCAUCAUCAAAGAAAACAUUAUUACAUCUCCAUCAUUGACAACGUCAUCAAAAGCUUUAUCCUCGAUCGUCAUAAUUACCAUCGUCAUCAGCAGCAGCAACAGCAUACAUUAUAACUUCCUUAUACUUUUGCAAAGUUGGUCAAACUGUUUUCAGACUAGGGUUGACGUAGUCCUACACUUUUUGAAAUCAAUCUAUUUCUCUGGCCGAGGGUGGUAGUUUUUAGAUUUUGUUUACGGAGAUGGGGUUGUUAAUAUUCUACAAUUCAUCGUCAUAUUACUCAUUAGCACUGGUAUCAUAGCCACCAUCGUUAUCAUACAUCAUCAUUAUCAUCGUCUUCAUCCUCCAAACGCCAUCCGUACCCGUCGCAGUAUCAUUUUCCUGAAAUACCCUGUCCUGCACGCUCAUGUCAACAUCGACCAUCAAAAUAGAAUCAUGUAUUUCCCUCGUUGUCAUCCCAAUUUCCAUAUAUCUGUUGUCAUUAGUAUCCGCCUGGGAAUAAAUAAGCUUGGCAGGAAUUGAGCUAAGGCAGUUGAUAUACCCCAACCAACGAUAGAAUAGAUCACUGCCAAGUGUAUUUUUGUAAGAAAAGAAUGAAGGUACAAAGUGCAUCGGUCAAAACGCUUCAUAAUAUCAACUUUAGGCUAGUUGUUGACAGCCAUUUUGCAUUUUCGGGGCCAUUUUGGAUUUGCACACUCGCACUAAACAGUUCCGUUGAAAAUUCUUCCUAACCAUGUCAUAAAUGUCAUACCUAUGUCCACCACUCACCAUCAUUAUCAUAACCAUUGGCUUUUUGUCAGAAGAUAAUACAUGGCAGCUUAAGUCUUUACCAUGAUUCAUACAGCAUCAUUUCAGAAGCGACAUCUACACCGGCGGCAGAUCUGUAACUCUCGGACAAGGGAAUAGGUCAUUCCCUUUGUUUCUCACUUAAAUCAUCCCAUUCCAUGCUCCUUACUCGUCCAUGGCCGGCAUUGUCAUUCAUUUUCUCAUGGCCUUCAUUGUCAUUGUCAUCAUAGUGAAAAACCCUCUGAGGUUUUUCACAGUUUCAAAAACUAAUCAGGGUUUGUCAUUUUACAAAAUGAACACGGGGUGCAUAUUUAUGUUGGCCGAAAAACCGAGUUUUUCAAAAUCUCAGACACCGUCCUUUAUUUUAAAGGGUACCUGUUGAGCUACUACAAAAACAUGGCAUCUUUCACUGUGAACUAAUAAUCAAAAACAGUUAUCGAACACAUUCGCCAGAACUACAGUCUACACAUUCAUGGAAGUUUGCCUUGCAAAGCUCCCAGCAUCAUCUCCUCAUCCUUCACCCUCGAUUCCAUCUCAUCAGCAUCAACAAUGACAGCAGGAUUUUCGUGUGCACCUUUUCGGCGGCUGGAUUCGAUUGAGACUCCUCCUCCUCCCUUUUCGAAACCAACGUCCCUAUUCCUCUUCAGUUAUAGACUUUUUACUUAGUGAGUUUUUGAUUGAUGAAAGGCUGCACUAGUAGGAGACUUUUUCCGACUUCUUAACGGUUUCUCUACUGAUUUAUCCUGAAGUCCGACAUUGUCCGAAUUUUCCAUGAAAGGUCGGAUUUCUAGAAAACCUGUGAAAAAUACAAGGGUUUCCCAAAAUUGGGCAUUUUAGAUCAAAGGCCUAUGAGAUUAAUGAGGUGACCUAAUUGAGGGAGCUAAUUAGUAUUCAAACUUAGGGUCACUCUGAGUGUUUGCCUCACACCUCAUUAACCCCAUUCAACAUAGGCCUUUGAUCUUUAAUGCCAUAUUUCGGGAAGCCCUUGUAUUUUUCACCGAUUUAUGGCAAAUCAGGAAAAAGUUAGAGAAACCGUUGCGAAGUCGGAAAAAGUCUCCUAAUGCUACAUAUUGAUACCAGGUGACAGCACUGCUUCAAUUGGGAAGCUCUGUCUCUAUAAGGAUUUUUGGCAAACCCCCGAAUUGUCAACGCGAACGCCAAUCAAAUUGCUCGACCUAUUGAUCCCGAUAUCGAAGGGACAGGUGUUCACGUUGGCAUUUCGGGGCCUUUGCGAAAACUCCCUAUUGGUGAUACUGUAGUCAUUAGAAUAAGCCUCCGUCAUUUGUCCGUGGCGGCUUGGGGAAUCAGUAAGAAAAGGCUGGGAAUGUUAUCAAAUAAUUGGUUACAGUGCCGAUGUCUGGUCGAAGACAUGUUUUAAGCAAAAUUUAAAAUGGUCCAGAGCUUCUGUAGUAUCACGCGCAGAGUUUUCGUAAUAGUUGUUACGUCUCCUUCACCCUCACCGCACAUUUCGCUCACAUUGAUGACGGGGUCGGUGAUACGACAAUGGACAAAUAGUUCUUUGCUCGGAAAAGCUGAAUAUUAUUUUUUUCGUGAUUCGCCAAAAUGAAAAUACAUUUUCUAGACAUGUUCACGAAUUGCAGAAAUAUGAGGCGAAACAAUUAUUCAGAGUAUUCAGUUGUGAUUCGUUCGAGUUAGAUUUGUAGGGAAUACGGAUCUCUGAGAGAUAUGCCAGAAAUGAUUUUAAUUGCAAUGCAUUUGUAGGGAGAAAUGUACAUGAACGCAACCAAGACUUCGUUUUGUACAAAAUAUGUCUGUAUCAUUGCAAAAAAUAAGGUUUUAUGUAUAACUGUACAUGUACUUGUUACACUGUGCUAACUCGUUUGGUAAUAAACAAUU